CAGUUUAGUUCAAACAAAGGCCCCGCCAUGAAAGCUUCCUGCUACUUGUUUAUCAUUCUGGGCCUGAUGCUCCACCUGGCCCUGUCGAGCGGCAGCGGCAGCACCACCGAAGGGUUUGAUCAUCCUGAAAGCACUUCCUUGACCCGCGCUAAACAAAGUUCCCGCAGAACACAGACCUGCAGGAAGGAGGUCCAGAGUAGUUGCACAUCCAAGACCAAAGCAUGUGCCCGUCUGGGACGGGCCAACAUCUGUCAGGCCUUCAAGAACGACUGCCAGCGCAGGAUAUCCAACUGCAACAGCAAGGGCCUGAGCAUAUUCUAUCGCAAAGUGAGUGCGAAUCUCUGCAAAAAUAUGCCCUACGAUAAGAAGCUCCCCUGUGGUAGUGGCAGCAACGCACUAAGCGGCAGCUCUGGUGCUACCAGCAACAACAACAACAAUGGUAGCCAGAUCAGACCUGGCGGAAUAAAAGCCAUUAAGGAAUCUGGCUAAUGCGAACUGAUGUCCGUCUGCAAGACCUGUCCAGGAGUGGAUCCUUCCGAGUACUACACAAAUCUGACAAUACGAGAAAAUUCGACUGUCCAUCAUU